UUUUUGAAUACGAUUGACCUAACAUGAACACAAGGAAGUCGAAUCGAACUCGUUAACUAGGGCUAUGUUUACUUAUAACAGACACAAUCUCUGACACGCACUUUGACACCGUGAAGAGUAUCAGAUGCCUGUAGUUAUAGGUGUACUACUACGGAGAUACCAACACUCAGUCAGUGAAGGACUUUCGUCGGUUAGACCUCAGUUGUACGGGCGUCCUUUACGAUGGCAAAUUACACUUUGAGGCAUGCAACGCCGGGGCGAUGUGAGUUUGACAUCGUCAGUCCGUCUUCCGUUUACCGGGAUCGAACAGGUCACGUGUCACUAUGGGGUAUGAGUAAACUCGAACAGGAAGCAGCCACCGUAUGUGGUGACAACGGAUUUAUGUUAUCGUCACGUGAUAUGGCAAAAACAAAUGAUAUUAGUGUUUUUCUUAUCAGCGAAAAACGUAUCAUGUCUCCAGCAUGCCAUACAAAAUUUUCCUGGUGUGGAGGACUUGAAAAAUAUCGUGUAAAGUUUAGCGUAUCUUCUAUGACACCACGGAGUAUAGGUAAUAAACGAGUAUUUUCUGACAUUGACACUGGAGGUUGGUAUCUUAAGUCUGAAAAUAGACUCGUCGCUGUAAAUAUAAAAACCCGCUCGUCCGCAAAUUUACCACAGUCGUAUUAUGAGAGCAUGUCUGAACUUGUGGAUCACGAGGAGGAACCUUUGAUUACAAGCAGACAGGACACCCUCACUCCACCCGACACAGCUUUCAAAACAAGCAUUCAAACUCGAUACAGUGACUUAGAUUUUAACUCUCACAUCAACACUUCGGAGUACUACCGCUUUUGUACCGACGCAUCCUCACAAGCUGCUAUAUCCGGAUACUAUCGGCAUUUUACAUCCGACAUAGUGAAAUAUCCGGUGAUGAUGACAGAAGCAACGUUUCUUGGUGAGUGUGGACCUGAUGAAGACCUCGUCGUUUAUACCUGGCAGGAUGAUGACGACUUCACCAAGUUAUACUUUGCAUUUUAUCUGAAGGAAGUAAAGAUUUUCCAAUCUUGUUUCAAACACGAUAGUAAGAUGUCACAGGACAAGGUCAUUUCUAGUUUAUAAAAUCCCACCAAGUGUAAUAACAGCAAACGAAAGAACAGUUCGCGACAUUGUACUCGUGACCCUAUUUGCUUCAGGGUUGGUUGGCAGUAGGGCAGUCGUUGAUUUUGAACAGGCCUCAAAUAGUCAAAUUAUUCAUUUUUCUUUUUUAUAUCUAAUUGCAUAAGUUUUUUUACAGUACGUUCUUUAAAUAAAUGCUCAUUUGUCAACUUUU